AUGUCGAACAGUAACGGCUACUCCCUGGAAAGGGGCAUCUGGGCCGCGGUGAUCAUUUCGGCGCUGAUCGUUAUGCUGAGGGUCUAUGCAAAGAUUAAGAUCAAGCGGUUCCACGCCGACGAUGUCUUGAUGAUCAUUGCACAGGUUCUUAUCAUUGUGUCUACCGUUUUCCUGAGCCUCUGUGUGCAACAUGGCUUUGGUGGUGACCUUACCAAGUUGCCCAAGGCAGAUUCAGAGCUUGUCUUGAAGUAUAUCGCUAUUCAGAUUCCCCUCGUGACGUUCAGCACCACCAUCGCCCGUACCGGUUUCAUUAUCUACCUCCUCGCGGUUCUCGGCACAAAUAAGAAUUAUAAGAUUGCACUCUGGGUGGUUCUAGUGAUUCAGGCAGCGGGAAAUACUGCCUCGGCGGUGCUACCUUUGAGCAUCUGUCGCGAUGUGAGGGCCUUGUGGGAUUUAGAGGCCGCUAUGCACACUACUUGCGGUGACACCGCAGCGGUCAUCAAGUUCGCCUAUUACUCCAACACUUUCAAUUCGGCCACUGAUUUCUUCCUGGCGGUCUUCCCAACGGUGGUUUUCUGGAAUCUUAAUCUCAAAUUGCGCAUCAAGAUCGGUCUGAUCGUUCUCUUGAGCGUGGGAUUCAUUGCCAUGAUUGCAUCCAUCAUCAAGACCACGAAGCUGGACGAGCUCCCGGGCAUCACCAACCUCGGUGCCACUGGCGGUGUCGAACUCAUCCGCUGGGGAUACGUCGAAAACUCCAUCAUUAUCAUCACAUCUUCCAUUCCUUGCAUUCGCCCCUUGAUUAUAUCCUCUGUCCGCAAAUUCUCCAGCGUCACCCGCUCCUACGAACUCAGUGGACCCUUUAGCGGCCACCGAACUCAGGGAAACGAGACGAACCACUCCAAAAUGGCACGACGAUUCAACAAGUCCCACAACUUGGAGAAUGGCAGCGUCGAGCGUAUUCUGGACCACAGCACACACACGCAUACCAGCACCACCAUUGGUGGACGGCCAGAUACACCUGAACGGGAGUAUCCCGGCAUAACCAAGCAGGUCGAGAUCUCGGUCGUUUCUGAUGAUCACCAUGGGCGACUUUGA